ACAAAACGAAUAAAAAGGCUUAAACCCUAGAAGAGCAUCCUGAAUGUCCAUCUAAUGGACACGUGUCAGAAACCCACAUCCUUCUCCAAAAUCUUUUCCUAUUUGGUUUUGGAAAAACUAAGAAGAAGAGUGCAACUCCCACUCUUCUCUUCUUCUUCUUCCUCUUCCUCUGUUGUUCUAUAAAUCCCCCAAUUCCUUCUCUUCCACUCUCCCAUGCAAUUUCUCUUCCUCUGAAUUUUCACAAUAAUCCUCUCUAUCAAUCAAUCUAACCAAACCCAUUCGUUUCUCUCAAUGGCUUCCACUUCUUCUACAUUCGAUUCCGACGACUUCACCCCUCAAGAACACUUCGUCGCUCAAACCCUCCUCCAAUUUCCUCUUCUCAUUCAACAAUCCGACUUUUCUCUUGGCUUAUUCCGUUCCUGGGCUCUCCGACGCAAGAGAUCCGCCGUCGAUUCCCCCCCGGACUCCGCCUCCCUCAUCCCCCAACCGCCGCCUCCUCCUCCAUCGUCGUCCAAGAACGUCAAGGAGUCAAGCCCUACUACCCCGCUUUCACUCGACUCCUUGCCCUUGUCGCGUAGUGAAUCUGAUGAGAAUAAUACCAACGUCAAGGUCCCCAAGAAGAAAGCAUCUCUCGAUAAGAAAUUUCAGUAUCUGGAAACCAUUGAUAAUUUGACCCACCAGAAUCAAGCUCUGGAAGGGGACCUUGAAGCUAUGAAGCAACAUUAUAAUCAUCUGAAAACUAUCAAUUCGGAUUUGAAGGCCAUAACACGGAAGGUUCUUAUUUUCUUCUUAGUUUUUCAAUUAAUCAUCCCCAUCCCCCUCCCCCCUCCUCCCCCCCCCCCCCCCCCCGGUGGGCUCUGUUGAAUAUUUACACUGGUUCUUUCUUGAACAGAUGAUUGUGGGUGUGGGUGGUUCCAAUAAUCAAUCAGAAAUUCCAGAAAUUGGGACCUCAAGUUUGGUCGCCAUGGAAAUGGCUGAGUUAACUGUGAAAUCCUCAGCCUCAAAUCUGGAGAAUAAUCUUCAUAUAUGUGAACCGUCGAUCAAGAAUCAGACGGCUCCCAUGGCGGAACAGAGCAACAAUAAUCAGAAUUUCCAAAUUCCAAUUUCUUUAUAUGAUCCUUCAUUGGGGCCUAUGGGGAUUCCUGAUUUGAACCUCUCUUUUGAUGAAAUUUAUGACAGGCAGUACUCAAAAUACAUGGCUGCUACAGCAAGACAGAACAGAAUGCAGAUUUGGAAGAACAAGAACAAAAAUAAAAACAACAAUGGAGCUGCCAAAUCGCAAUCCUAAUUCAUCCCCUGUAUGAGAUCGUACAAUUCAUCAACAAAUUUUCACAUUUUCCCAAUCUUUUCAGCCUUAGGAUUCAAUCCAUCAACUUGAUGGGAGGCCUGUUUUGAUUCUGGAAUUGACGUAGUUUUUUCUCUCUUUUUUUUUUUUCUUUCUUUUUCAAUUUUUUUUUUAGAUUGGUUACUCAAAUUGUAAAAAUUUCUCUUGGUAUAUAUAUAUAUUUUGUUCUUU